AUGCUGAACCCCGAUGUGGACUGGGCGGCGCCCUUUCAAACCGACAAGCUGCUAGAGAUUCGCUCCUCUGGCAAGAAGAAAAUGCCCGGGAUUAACGCCAUGUCUGGUAUCGACAAGCAGCUUCACUCUUGCCCUGUCAAGGUCGGCAAGCUUGGGAUUGAGGGUGAUUGGCAUGACUUGACCUUUCACGGAGGCCCGGACAAAGCUAUUUUGGGUUCUCACAUCGUCAUGACAGACUGCUCUACCCAUUACCCGGACUGGAGGAAGAGCUACCCUGAGCGCGCCGACAGGUUCGUGCCGGGCGGCUUUGGCGAGAACUUUGUGACGGCGCACAUGAACGAAAGGAACGUCUGCAUUGGCGACAUUAUUCAGUUUGGUGACAGCUUGAAGCUUCAGGUCUCGCUGCCGCGACAGCCUUGUUACAAGCUCAAUCAUAGGUUCUCGCUCAAGAACUUUGCGCCGACGACAUACAAGACAAGCCGCACCGGAUGGUACUACAGGGUCGUGCGGGAAGGCACCGUGGCUGUCGGUGACGAGGUGCGCCUGGUUGAGCGCAAGUGGCCCGACUGGACGAUUGAGAGGAUACAAGAAUAUUUGCAUCGCGUUACAGAUAACCACGAGAUGAAUGAGAAGUUGGCAGCCAUCGAAGCUCUAGGCGAUGAGAGCCGCGGCAUGUUUAAGAACCGUGUGGCAAAGGCCCUUCGCAAGACGGAGCCCAAAGUCGAGGAAGUGUGGCGCAAGUUCAGAGUCACUGAAAGAAAGCAGGAGACACCUCGAAUCAUCUCGCUUAAGCUGGAUACAAAAGAAGUUGACGAGGUUCUACCGAAGAUGCUUCUUGGGGCUCACGCCAGGCUACGACUCGGAAAUGGCCUGAUCCGCACAUACUCGAUCGUCUCUGGAGAUGAGGGGGGCGUGGGCGACAUGAUUGAAGUUGGCCGCAUCACGACAGAUGUCAAGCACGGCAUGAUGUCCAGCAACCACGUAUACGUCGUUGGAGGCAUCGGCAUUACCGCCUUCAUUGCCGUCAUGAAGAAGGUGCACCAGAUCAACUAUAGUCUUGAACUGCACUACGCGGCUCGCAGAGCCGAAGAGGCUGCCUUCUUGGACAGGAUGGAGCCAUUCCGCGACCGCGUCAAGAUUUACGACAAGUCCAAGGGUCAAUGUAUGGAUAUUCCUAACCUCGUCAAGACACUGCCCUGGAACAGCAAGCUGUACGUUUGCGGCCCGCCCAGGAUGAUGGAGGCGGCGAAAGCGGCCGUCGAGGCAAAUGGCUUGUCGCACGAUGAAGUCCACUACGAAGCAUUCACUGCCGACAUCUCCGGUGAUCCAUUCGAGGCUGUUGUAGCGAACAAGGACAACAAGAAGAUCAAUGUGGGCGAGGAUGAGAGUCUGCUGGAAGCUCUGCGUCGUGAAUUCCCGGGCGUUCCUUCGAGCUGCGAGGUGGGCAACUGUGGUACUUGCAAGAUUGUACUCAAAAAGGGCCAGGUCAAGCAUAGAGGCAGUGCGCUGGAACCGGAAGAGCAAAAGGGCCACAUGCUAUCUUGUGUGAGUCGAGGCCUAGGAAGGAUUGUCAUUGAAGUAUAA